GUUGAACAAAGAGCGCAGAAACGCACAAAGUCCAUUCCUCGUUUCAAAUAAUAGCCAAUCGAUUACCCCCAUGUCUCGACUGUAUCAUUCUUUUAUUAUCUAAACUUAUCUUCUCUCCCAACUUUGGGUUACCACCCAUGCAAAAUAUCAGCCUCGGCAUCUCGACCAGCUGAUCACAUCUCAACGUCACCCACAUCACAGCUCGCAGUUGCGACAACAGAGGGAAUUCAGUUUACCGCGACGCAGACUUACUCUGAAGAUGCCGAGGAAAUCUCUGGUGGAAUUGUGCACCGUUGUGUGUAUCAAGAAUAUCAAAGAAAUCACGGAUAUAGGCUCUACGCCGUAUCACCUCAUACGCCAUGUUCUCCUGCGAAUAGACACGGCACAGCACCUUCUUGAGCUCGAGCAAACAUCUCCCCACCUCGCCCUUGACGAUGCCGAGUGCUGGCUGCGCCUCAUCGAGCGCGACUUCGGCCGCCUCCACAACGAAUACCAGUACGCGCCCAAGAACCCAGCAUCUUGGAACCGUGUCUACUUCAAGUACGAAAAGUUUGACCGCAGCCAGAAAGAGGAAGCACAGGAGAAAUUGAGAAAUGCCUUUGCGGGCCUGAAGAAGAAAAAGGAGGACAGUACGGCCGAGGUCAUCACAUUUGACAGGAAGAGGCUGCCGCCGCCACCGAGGGAUCGAUCGGUAGGCGGCAUGAAGAAAGUCGCUAUUGGCAGGAGAGGUGGGAGCAACGACACGGGAGAGCUGCGGUUUACAUCCGGAACUCGCACCAAGGUGACCAAUGCGAAGAGUAUCAUGCGCAAGGUUAAGCGCGAGGCAAAGGAGAUACACAAUCGGAAUCGUCUAGCAACACCAGGUGGCGCCUUGGUCGUGGAUCGUAGGCAACUGAAACAAGCACCCAAGGGCUUGGUCGAGGCACACCGUGUCACCAAUCAACCGGCUUUCAAGAUCCACGCCCCUGCCAUGCGGCCUUCCGCUGAGCAAAUGGUGCGGGAUCAAGAAAUGCAAGAGAGAGAAGCGAGGUUACUCCGAUUGAAAGCUGGCAAGUCGGCCACGUUCAUUUCCGAUUCUGACCUGGAAGACGAAGACGAUUACAACGACGAUGCUGGGCAAGAUUAUGGCGGCGGUGGACUCAACGAAGAUGAUUUAGAGGACCUAUUCGAUGACGAAUCUUCGGCCCAGAAGAAACCGUAUCAAUCACGCCCGUCCUCGACCAGCAAGUCAGGUCUACUGUCCAAUAAGCGGCCGAGUCUACUGUCCAACUCUUCCCGGUCAGCGUCUUCCGUUCAGAGAGCGGUGGGUCGCCCGUCAGAACAGCCUAAGCCGGCAUCGUCGCCACCGUUGGGGAGUGCCUCCAGUCCACCAAUGCCGCAGAAACGCAAGGCUGUAUCCAUGUUUCACCAGCCCAAGAAGGUUCAACGACGCUGAUCGUAAGCAUUGUCGGCACAGAUAGGCACGCCAUUGAUGGAGAUGGAGUACAUGGAGGGACGGUUCAGGUUUUACUGUAGCUCGGGUAUUGAUUGAUAUCAUAAUCAUUGGGAUGAAUAACAAAGAACGCACAUGGAGUUCUUAUGGUUUUGCUUUUGGCAUGUUAGGGUAAGAGGACUUGGGACAUAGAAGCGACAGGGCAGGUGGUUCAGCGAUCUGAGUAUGGAAUAUUACAUUUUUAGGGAUCAUGUGAGACAUAUACCCGUUUCUUAUUUGUUAGGUGCAUGUAGCAUGGUUUGGCAUUGCGAGGAUAGUCGCCAAGAUUGCAUGGUACGGCGUGUCAUUCGACUGACUUGGAUUGUAUGGGUUUUGCUGCUGAUACUUGUUGUUACUACUUAAUGAGAACAUCCGAAUUUCUUACUGCAUCUGCG